GAGAAAAACACUGCAUUUUAAUCAUGAUUCACACAAAGAUGCAGCAAGAGCAUUUUUUGAUUUAAAUUGGAUUGCAUACUGUAAUUUUGAAAUCUGAAGCAAAAACAUAAUAGGCUGACUUUAGCUGUGUGAAACUAAAUAUAGUACAUAGAAACAUCUGAAUGAAACAAAACCAGCAGAUGCUGAAUGAAAACACAAAUUCAUUCUGACAGUAGGUGGCGCUUAUGGAGCAGCAGCAAUGUAGUGUUUCCUUGGUUGCCACUGUAAACAAAGCAGAUAAACAUUAUUCAAUAUGCAUUUUACAGAGGCAAGAUGAAAAGAAAAUGAAAAAAAGACCGUUUCCCUCAGAGACACAUUCAUAUAAUACUUCAACCCCAAGAGUAUUGAAAGUGAAAGUGAAACUUCCCUGGCGAUUCGGUAACAUCUCAACCGACUUGUCAUCAGAUAUUUUGAAUAAAUUUGUAACUGGUUUCAUUCGUAGUUUAUUCAGAAUCAGAAAGAGCUUUACUGCCAGGUAUGUUUACACAUAUGAGGAAUUUAUUAUAGGGACAGAAGCUUCCACAGCACAAACAGAAUGACAGUGAAAGACACAUAGAAUAAGUAAUAGGAAAUGGCAAUAUUCAACUAAUUUUUUAAGAUAAACUAUAUGCAAAAUACACAAAAGAUGGAAUUUGCAUGUACAGGUAUGUUAUGUAAAAAUAAAUGUUCUUUUGAAAAAGAACAUAUAAAUAAUAAGUACAGUAUAGUGUGUUAAAUAAAUAAAUUUAUAAAUACUGUUGGGUUUUACAUGUUUAUUGCCAAGUUAACUGUUCAUGAGAUGGAUUGUCUGAGGGAAGAAACUGUUCUUAUGCCUGGCCGUAUGGUGCUCAGUGCUCUGUAGUUCUGGCCAGACAGCAACACUUCAAAGAGGAAGUGGCCUGGGUGUGAGACCAGCUGUUUUACUCACUCUUGAUGAGUGCAGUUCUUUGAGAGUUAGGAGGGUUGUACCAGUGAACCAGAAGUGCAGACGGAUUCAGUGACUGCAGAGUAGAAUUGUAUCAGCAGCUCCUGUGGAAAAUUGAACUUCCUCAGCUGAUGAAUGGAGAUCUCUAAGAUGUGUGAGGUGGACGUUUCGUCUGAGUCCACCAGCCCGACGCUGUAUAGAGAGUCUUCUGAUACAUACUGCCAUGUGGAUCGCUGGCAGAGGCUACGCACAGCCGUCCGCAAGCUAGAAUUCUGGGAGAACUUCACACAUGAGCUGAUCGGCAGUGGCUUCUUCUCAAAAGUUUACAAGGUAACCCACAAUACCACACUGAAGGUUAUGGUAGUAAAGAUCUAUAAGAAUGAUGUUGAUCAGGACAGCAUUGUACGAGAAAUCAGCCUUCUGCAGAAACUCUCACACCCCAACAUAGUGAGGUAUCUGGGUAUUUGUGUCAAAGAGGACAAGUUGUAUCCAAUUCUGGAGUAUGUUAGUGGAGGAUGUUUAGAGGAGCUGUUGGCCAGGAAAGAUGUGCCUCUAUGUUGGAGGGAGAAAGUAGACCUGGCGUCAGACAUCACCAGAGGAAUGAUUUACCUCCACUACAAGAACAUCUACCACAGAGAUCUGAACUCUAAGAACUGUCUAAUAAGGGUGACAGCGAGAGGCAGAGAAGCUCUGGUCACUGAUUUUGGUUUGGCUCGAGAGGUGGUUGAACUUCCUGCAAAGGACCGAAAGCUUUCACUUGUGGGCUCUGCUUUCUGGAUGGCCCCUGAGAUGCUGCGCGGGGAGCCAUACGACCGCAAGGUGGAUGUGUUCUCUUUUGGAAUUGUUUUGUGUGAAAUUCUGGCUAGGGUCCCAGCAGACCCAGAAAUCCUUCCAAGAACACAGGACUAUGGUCUGGACGUGUCAGCAUUCAGGAAAAUGGUCAGUGGGUGUCCUCAGCGUCUUUUGGAGCUGGCAGCCAGCUGCUGUCUGAUAGAGGCUUUCCGAAGACCCUCUUUCACAGAGUUACAAGACGAGCUGGGUGAAAUCGCUGAGACUUUGGCGUGUCUUCACAAUGAUCUCACCACAGGCUGAUCUGCGGCACACCCUCUGGUAUCCCAUCAGCCCUGCAAGUGGGGCAGUGUCUGGGAAACAACCACAUAAUAUUUUUGUAGAUUUCAGUAUAUCGAUACUUGAUUAAAUUUAAUUGUACAAGAGAAAGCCAUUUAUUUUGGUACCAACUGCCCAAAUAAAAAAGUGAAUUUGUAUUGCUGACUUAGAAAAGUGACAUAUUUGUAAACUGAAGAGUACUUUGAGUACUUCUUCAUUUGAAAACAACUGAUGCAUAAACAAAUACUCACUUGUGGUUUGGUCUCCACUCUGAGCUGAAGACUCGGCAGCUACUAGUGUUUGUGAAACCUUAUCAUUUUUCUCUUUAACAUCAAAACAAAAAAAAGAUUUCAUGUUUUAACACUUUUAGUUUACUUGUUUGCCAUGUGUUGUGAAUUUCGAUACUCACACAUGUCUCAGAAGUGUGAGCUGGCACCGGUCCGACUCCAGUAAAGUGACAACUAACUAUUUCUCUGGACACAUUAUGGUAUUAAUGGCUGAAUAAGAAAUUUGAGAUUAAAUAUUUCCAAGACCAUCCAGCUGUAGUAUUAUUUACAAAUUUGGUGACGAACACUCAGUAAUCUUUAAAUAUUUCUAACCAAUUUCAAAUUCAUAACUUGGCACUGUUGAUAUCUAUGUGUUCAUAUUUUUUUCUUGGUAAUUGUGUUUUUAAUAAGUACUGCUUAGCUGUUAUUUAAAUUUUUAAUCAUCGUAUUUUCGAAGCCUGUGAAUUGCCUUCUGACUGCAUUCAAGUUAACUUUAACAAAAUCUCUAUUCUGUGCCUCAAAGCAGAAGCUCGAGAAUCUUGUGGUGAGAAGUGUCACGCUAAACUCAUGUUUCUGAAAAAGGCCGGAUGUCUGUAAACCUUUCUGUGGUUUGUAGUGUUUUUGUAAUACUGUACAUGAUAUAAAAAGCAGGAAGGAAGCAAAUGUGAGUGUUGUGUAUUAUUUUUUUCAAAUAAAGCCAUUGAAAAUCU